GUCCGUGCGAAAAGAAGCCCAUUUUCAUUUUGCCAAUUUGCCUACUCCAAGUGAAGUCCAUGGUGUUGUUGGGGAGUUUGUCUGGUAAAAGAAAAAGAAAUUCCAGAGCUGAAUUCCUCAUAUUUUGUAUCUAUAAUCUGACAAUCUCAUUGAUCAAGUAAAACAUGAGCUUUGGAUUUGGAAUCCUCAGAAGGGCUUUACAUUCACAGCGCCCAAACAGUAACAAAAAGCAAUCAUUGCCCUCACUCUUCUUCUCCAUAUUUCCACGCUCUUUCUCUCAGCUUCACUCGCAGACUCAACUGCCUUCAUUUGGUAUUGCGUUCGACAUUGACGGCGUCGUUCUGCGCGACCACACUCCCAUUGGAGGCUCCCCUCAAGCUCUCAGAAAGUUAUACGAUCACAACUCUGGUACUUUGAAGAUUCCUUAUGUUUUCUUGACAAAUGGAGGUGGUUUUCGAGAAUCAAAAAGAGCCAUGCAGUUAAGUGAACUCUUGGGUGUAAAUAUUUCCCCCUCACAGGUAUUACAGGGUCAUUCUCCUUUUAAACAGUUGGUGAAUAGAUAUGAGAAUGAACUCGUUGUUGCUGUGGGAAAAGGUGAACCUGCUGCAGUGAUGUUUGAAUAUGGAUUUAAAAAUGUUCUCUCAAUUGAUGAGUAUGCCUCCUGCUUUGAUGACAUCGAUCCAUUGGCGCAAUAUAAGGAAUGGAUAACUAAGACAGUUGCUAAUCAGAGUAGAACUUUUAAGGAGAUAGGUUCAAGAAAGAGUGUUCACUCAGAGAGAGUUCAGGCAGCAUUUAUCGUUAGUGAUUCUGUUGACUGGAGUAGAGACAUUCAGGUUCUGUGUGACAUUUUAAGAUCUGGAGGUCUUCCUGGAAAGGAAAUUGGACACCAACCACCUUUAUAUUUUGCACAUGAUGACCUUAAAUACCAGGCUACUUUUCCUUCUGAACGUCUUGGCAUGGGAGCUUUCAGAAUUGCAUUAGAAUCCAUUUUCAAUAGAAUUCACUUAAAUGCUCUGGAGUAUACAUCUUUGGGGAAGCCAAAUGCAUUUGUAUUCAAGAAUGCUGAAACUGUACUAAAGCAACUUGCAUCAUCUCUUGAUCAUGAAGUACAUGUUGUGAAUCAUCCAGAUGAUGGAAGUCAUUUUAAGACACUAUAUAUGAUAGGAGAUAAUCCUUCAGUUGACAUCAAAGGUGCCCGGCAGGCAGGACAUCCCUGGUUUUCAAUUCUGACAAGGACAGGGGUUUUUAAGGGAAAGGAAAAUCCGUCUGAUUUUCCAGCAGAUCUGGUUGUUGAUACUGUAGAAGAAGCUGUGGACUAUAUUUUGAGAAAGGAGUGCACCUCAUAAAAUUUACAUCCCCCUUAUUUUCCUGCAGGUUUUGAUUUCUCUUUUGUGAGAUUGUCAUACAUUAACGAAAGGAGAGAUGUCUGCAGAAAGCAGUCUAGGAAUGUCAUUUAACGUGAACAACAAUGAUCUAGUUCCUGCUGGUCUUGCAUAAUGUGAUCACUUCAUUUUGUCAAUCAUUUUCACAUAUUUUCUUAUAAUGACGUUGAUUUAUGAAGAUUAAUUUGAUUAAAGUACUUUCUGUUU